AUGUCGUUCAUGCUCUACAUGCUCCACUGCCUCUACUGCUGGCUGCCGCAUGUCUCUUUGCUGAAAGAAAAAGAUAAAAAGCCGAGUGUCGAUGAAAUUGUCAAGCAAGCUGGUCGAUGGUUCUCAAGAGCUGUCAACCCAUUCAUAAACGUCAAGAACACCAUUGUAGUUGGCAUGAAUGGUAGCAAUGAAGUUGGUGCUGAUGAAGAGGAGGAAGCUAGGGAUAAAGAAGAGGAUAAUGAAGAGGCCACUGUUGACAAGAGAAAUGAGGAGAGCUUGAACACUCCAUAUCUUUGCUUUGAGGUGUUCUCCUCGUCAAAGGACCAAGAUUUUGUUAGCAUGUGCUGUCUUUUAGUUGAAUCUGAAAAUGACCUGCCAAUGUUAAACAAAUUAAUCAAAGGAAUGCAGGCUGCGAGCAACAGUGCAUGCUCUGACAACACAGGCAAAGUACUACCCAAUAUACUCAAACUCCUUAAACAAGACCGCAAUCACAGUUUCAAGAAGCCAGAGCCUGUCGACAAUUACAUGGAAGCUGUCCAGAAUGGAGAGAUCAGCAAUGAGUGGUGGUGCCUACCACUUUUCCUAUUUGAUAAGGAUCUCAUUAAACAGGAUGACAGGAUGAUCCAACAGCGGGUCUCUUCUGUGGCUACGUUCUUGUUCGUUAGCAGUCUUCCUGAAUGCCAGGGUAAAACAAAUGGCUGUGAUACUGUGGCAACAAGGCAUGCGAUGACCACUGUUACUGGUCAUCACAUUGUGUACACUGCUACUCAGGCUCGUUACUGCAUGGGAACUGUCGAGAAAUGGCAGCAAUUUGAUGGUGGUUUUGACUUGUGGCGGUUUUUUUGGUCGAUUGUGGAUUUCUUUGAGGGUGCUGAUAAGGAUGACAAUGCGGAGGAGAUCUUAGCCUGGUGGAACAAGUACAUGCUUGCUUUCUUUCAGAAAUGGUCUAACAUUGGUUUGUACAGGGAGGUUUUUUCAAUGCGAAAUGCUGUAAAGCGAGAGGAGAAGUCAUCUGCACCACCGCCAACAAGCCAUUAUGCAAUCAUUCAGGAAGAACGUCGUCAAGUGAAGAAGGCCUGUGAAGAAGCAAAGACCCAUGAAGAAGCAAAGGAGCUCAAAGCUCGUCAAGCACAACAACCCAGUGAGAUCAACAUUCGAGAGCCCCAGCAAUGUUCUGCAGCACCUCCCCAGCAAUCUCGCUCCAGGUCCCAUCAACAUUCCAUGCCUUCUCAAAGCUCUCCCUCCCGGUCAUCUGAACAUGCCAUGCUGCCUCCUCAACAACACCAUCGUUCUUGGUCCUCUGGACAUGCUAUGCCCCCUCAACAACACUCUCGCUCACACUCUCAUCAAUGUUCACGAGACCAAACUCCUGAGGAAGAAAUUUGUCCCAUUGUGACUCACCCUAGUUCUGACAGUCAGACCGAUCACUCCAGCUCUCGAGAUCGUUCUGUAGUAUUGCAUUAUGCAUCCUCUGACUCGGAUUCUCCACCUUCCCAUGUGUCCCUCCUGUGUCUUCAGCACCAUCGAGGAAGUCCAUCACAAUUAGAUGAACCCAAGUCUCCUAUAGUGACCCACCAUGCUGACCAUUACUCUCGAUCACCUUCAAGAGAGAGCUCGAAUCGAGAGCACCAAAAUGCUCCCCCAGUCUUGGAAACUGUUCCUCGCCAAUUGAAGAACAGACAUCAUAUUCAUUCAGAUGAUAAGGCAGAGCAACAGGAACCACCGAAGAAGAGGAAGAAGAAUUGGAAAUGA